AUGGGUCGAGUGGAAGACGAUAUUGGAACUGCUAAGGGCGGCCUAGCCGACUGGAAUGCGAUGCACCAAGUGGAGAAGAAAAAAGAAAUGGAAAGACAUGUUGAUGAAGUAAUUGGUAAUGCUGCACAUGGUACAAACAUCGAUUCGGGCUCGACUUGGCCAACGGCGGAGUAUGCUGAAAUUGUAAGUUAAAAUUCCAUUGAAAUCGGUUAGGUAGCUGAACUAUUUUCAUAUCUUUUCUAUCUGAAUCAAACAAUGGGUAUAUAAGCGGUCAACCAAUGCGCUAGAAAAUUUGCUUAGUAUCUUAGAGAAAAGAGUGAACAUGUUUUCUAUGCCAGAUUUCUGAAAAAGGCCUUCGUUGAUGAAAAUAGAUAACGAAGGUUUAAGCACUUGCGGAUGUUGAUCGCACUCCAUACUUCUUUCGAUAGUGAUGUCAUGCAGAAUUUCUUUUUCCCACGAAAGGUUCCCAGCUUUCUCACCUUUUCCCGUCAUCAUAGGUCUUUGAGGUCCUAGUUUGCUACUUCGGUCAUACCAGAAGUACUGAGAUUCGCAGAUAGAACUCUACAGAAUAGACUUAAUUAAAUGUUUACUUCAGCAGCUAUUUGAGCUAUCAGUCAUAAUUACCAACGCACAAUCAAUUUGUUUCAAGACAUCUGUUGAAGGUUUUCUUCGAAUCAUUUUUGAUUAAGAAAUUCAUGAUUAGGAACUGUUUUGAUCGAUGAAGUUUAUCAAUUAGACAGGGCAUCUGAAAACUACGUAGAAUCGGUAGAAUAAAGUGGGUAUGAAAUAAUGAUGAUACGUUCUGGUGUGAGAUGGUAAACACAUCUUUACAAAUAUAUGACUAGAGGUUGUCGUAAUGACCUUUGAUAUCCUGAGAACUAGGUGAUGAUCUUUCCUUUCUCAUUCCGUUGAUAAGCAGUUUCAUUCAAUUAUUGAAAUAAUAUUGGUGAUUAGAAGUCUGUUCUCUUUCCAUAUUUAUCUCUUUUUUUAAGAGUAAGCAGUUACUAAUCAUGAAUUUUCAAAAAUGAUUCGAAGAAAAUUGUCAGCAAAUGUCUUGAAACAAAUUGAUUGUGCGUUGGCAACUAUGGCUACUAGCUCAAAUAGUUGCUGAAGUGAAAACUUAAUUAACUCUAUUCUGUGGAGUUCUAUCUGCAAAUCUCAGUACUUUUGGUAUGACCUAGGUACUUUUGAGCAUAGUUGCUCUUCAGAAGAGAACUUUUGAUACAAUUAGACAGUAUGAGUAAUACUUGUGCGAGAUUAGGGCUACUCUACAACUGCACCUUCUAGGUCAUCUGUUACGACUAGCAAAACUAAUUCAGGUAAUAAUUCAAAAACAAUAUAGACUAUCAGCAUGGACAUAGAUUGAAGAAUUUACUUUUAUAGAAAAAUGGAAAACAGAAUUUUCAGCUUUCGCUCAUUUUGCUAUCCUCAUAUGUUUCUUAGGUUUCUGGGUUUCCAGCUUUCUCACAUUAAUCCUGAAACUUUAUUAGCUUUACUGUUAGCUUACUCGAUAGUAUCUUACUCUAGAAUAGCUCUUUUCCUCCUCUAUUACUUUUCCAGAUUUCGUACUGAAUGGUGCAAUAAGGCGCAUGUUGAAUGUAUCUUUAAAUCGUUUUGAACGCGCAAACAAUUAACAGAACACACAUUUAGCAUUCCUAUUAUUGCACCAUUCAGUACGAAAUCUGAAAAAGUAAUGGAGGAGGAAAAGAGCUAUUCUAGAGUAAGAUACCAGGGACUGUUGUGGACACGAAUUUCGCGUCCAUGGGCGCCCAUGGACGGAACAGUUGCGUCCGUGGGCGUCCAUGGACGGACAGUUGCGUCUAUGAGCGUCCAUGGAUAGCACCUUAGAAACCAGUUACGUCCAUGGGGGCCUACCAAUGGCACUUUAAAAAAGUUUUGCAGUUAACUGCAAAGCUAAGUUUACAUGUGCGAAUGUUUAUUCGUACAAAAUUGAUUUUGUGUUCUUCGAUAGGUUUAGUUUAGAAUACUAUAAUGGAAUAGUUUUUCGCUUGUAUUCUGAGAAUAAAGC